CUAAACACUGAUUAGUUAAAGGCAUUACUCAUUAUCGACUCAACAAUCUCGACUCGACUCCAAUUAAAGCAUUGAUAUCGCAAAAUGUUUGUUUUUAUUUGCCUUACGAUUCUGCAACUGAUAACGGGUUACGUAGCGGCUCCUGAGUCCAUGGUUGCCCAGGCAUUCCAGAAUGACAAAAUAGUGUCUAAAGUUGUACUUAAUCCACCGUCGGAACUUAUUUCGGUGACCUACCCAGGCGUAUCGAUAUAUCUAGGAACGACAGUGCAACCAUUGCAGACUCUGGCGCAACCGGUGGUUUCGUAUGAAGGAGAUGAUAAUGAGCUUUACACGCUUAUGUUUUUCGGACCAGACCUGCCACCCUCCGUUAAUGUUCCCUUAACACAGUUCCUCCAUUGGCUUGUCGUAAAUAUUCCCGGUCGUGACAUCAGCAAGGGAGAUACGAUUUCAUCAUAUUUCCCUCCCACGCCCUACCCCGGCGGAUUCCCAUAUAUUUUUAUUCUCUACAAGCAAGAUGGGAUGUUAAACACAACUGAAAUUCCAGAUAUGAGUUUUAUUCUCCGUCGUCCGAAUUUCUCUCCCAUGGAAUUCGCUGAGAAGUAUAACCUAAACGGUCCAAUAGCCGGCAAUUUUAUGCACGAAUCAUAUUUGUCGGUUAUUCCUGAGGUACUGCAGACGUUUUAUAACAUUCUGGGAAAUGCCUUUGGCUAAGCGGCCGUUGCUGAUGCCUGCCUACCGAAUUACAUUACCACAGAGUUAAGAACAAUCAGAAACCGCACACGACUAAUAUUGAAGCAUCAAAAACGACUCCACUUAAGUAGUUUUUCACGAACCGCCUGUUCGCCUGUUAAUCACUCCGUUCCAUUGAGCAGUUUACAUUAAUUAUUUCAACAGUAAUGUUCUAAACGUUUACCAUAAAAUGGGGAAAACGGGAAAAAAUGUGAGCUAGCUACAUUUCGCGGACGUGAAGUGGGACGUGCGCGCGGCAUUUAGGUACAUUGUUUCUGGCGCAUUGCACUGCAUGCAAUAAUGCCUGAACGAGGAUUCUGUAUUUUCUUAAUUUAGUGUAUCUAUAUAUAACAUAAAUAAAGCAUUUUUGUUUUCUUUUAUCGAAAUGCCACUUUGCAGAUGCUGGUUUUCAAUCACUCUUGCCUUUCCAUGCCCUGCCUUCGUCAUAUGCUAUGUGUUAGUAACUUAAACUUAGCAAAGUCAUAAAAGCUACCUACGCUCUAUACAUACGAGUAGAUCUCAGGCUUAUUGUUCAUUGAUUGAAUCAUUGAUUUUAUGUGUACAAAGAACACAAACAAAUAGCUAAAGAUGUACAAACAAGUAGCUAACGAUGCAGUGGAUACCUUUAUUUAUAAUAAAGGAUAUACGUUAAACUCAUUUGCGGUGCAUAAGUUUGCCGCACUUUAUUCACUGGUUUUGCAGCCGUGCGAAUACGUACGAACAAGUACAAAGAUCUCAGAAACAGGUUGCGAAUAGUCGUACGUAAACACGCGUAAAAUCCCGACGCCGAAGUCGAUUUUGUCUUGUUGGGGAAUUUGUUAGGGCAUACUGUAAAUAUAUGUUGGAAUAUGAAUUAAUUUGGUUGGUGGAAAGUAGCAAGGAGCCGCUAGACCCAAGCGUGGACUUUAUAUUAUGUUUUAUA